GACGCGAUCUCCUUUUCAGGAAGGAAGAUUUCGGACGCAUUAACCUGCCGAGUUUUAAUCACACUAGUACCUUUUUAUAUUUAAUUUAAUUCAUGUUUGAGUAACGAAAAUAAUUAUUUAAACAUACGUUGCACUUGAGUUAUUUAGUUAAAAAGUUUCAAUAUCACUGAGAAUAUGCAUAAUUAUACGUCGAUAAUUUAAUGAACUUGGUUCGUACACCUUAUAUGUGUUUAUGAUUCACUGAAAUGUGAAGUGGGUAUCAGAAUCUAGUGACUUCUACAGGCAACAUGGAUACUUCAAACGAAUGCCAUCCCAACAGAAGCUUCUGCGAUUGGUGGCCGAAUAUGACGUCAGCAGAGGUCUACAACGUCAGUCGUAUUGGCCCCACAACAGUGACCUACGUCGUGUAUAAGUUCCGUCACCCUCUAUCGGUCACUGUUUUCUUCUGUGUCGCCUACGCCCUGGUGUUUGCUGUCGGCGUUGUUGGAAACUGCUUCGUCGUAGGAGUCGUGUAUCGCAGUCCCAGGAUGAGGUCGCCGACGAACCUGUUCAUCGCAAAUCUCGCCUGCGCUGAUCUUCUGGUCAAUGUGCUGUGUUUGCCGUUUACCCUGGUGGGGAACAUCAUGUCAGCCUGGAUUAUGGGCUGGGUCAUCUGCAAGACUGUACCCUACCUGCAGGGGGUGUCGGUCAGCGCGUCCAUCAACACCCUGGUCGCUAUUUCCGUUGAACGCUGCCUCGCCAUUUGCUACCCACUUAAGUGGCAAAUGACGUCACGAGCCUGUCGGGUCGUGGUUAUCAUCAUCUGGACGUUUUCCCUUACCAUCACGUUACCCUGGGCUAUCUUCUUCGGAUUGAAACCUCUCGAAGAAGGGAGUGAUGUGCUGAUCUGCACCGAGUCCUGGCCGAGCCCACACAGUGGGAACAUCUAUUUUGUUGUGGCCCACCUCGUGAUGUGCUACCUCUUCCCGUUGACCCUCAUCUCGUUGUGCUACUUACUCAUCUGGCGACGAGUGUGUAGAAGAACCCUACCCGGGGAGCCACAUUCUCACGGUGGAGUCGUGGACCUCAUGAUCCACCGCUCCAAAGUCAAAGUCAUCAAGAUGUUACUUGUCGUUGUCAUAUCUUUCGCCUUGUCAUGGUUACCUUUGUACGUCCUUUUCACCAGGGUCAAAUUUGGAGGACCUUUCUCUUCUGAAACUGAAGAAGCUACGAUACAUUCUUUGCUCCCAGUAGCACAAUGGCUUGGAGCUUCAAAUUCAUGUGUUAAUCCGAUCUUAUAUGCUUUUUUCAACAGAAAAUUUCGUAUCGGCUUUAAAGAAAUUAUAACUAGUCGUUCCUGUUGCUCAACACUUAGGUACAACAACGAAUUUCGUGCAAGUGUGAAUAGUAGUUUCAGUUGCAGAACGAAUACAAAGAAUGGGAGUGUUUUGAUGACCAGAAUGACCAUCACAAAAUCUAAGGGUGGGAAAAGUGUAAGACGUACGAGGGCUGGCAGUUUGCAUCGUCAUAAUUCGGCGUCAGCGGCUGCAGUUCAAAGAAUUAACAAGAACAAUGAGCAGUUCAGAAAAAGUUACUCUAGAACCUGUAGAAAUUCUAUUUCAGAAGCUGGUGAAAAUCAUCGUAUCAUUAAAUCAUCUUCCGGAUCUCAUUUGAACGCAACAUCUGUUUGAAUUCGUUCUGUAACGACUUGACUGACAUCGGAACUCAAUUCGAGAUAUUUGUUGUUGUUAUUUUUGCCGAUUUGAGAUUUAAAUAUUUAUUGAAUAACGUCACUAAUUAUGAGUUAGAAUAACGGCGUCUGUCUGUACUCGUACGUGAACCUAAUUACUGUUGACUGCAGAUGGCACAUCACAUCACUGGUCAGGUAAGAAACAUCAGUCUGUGUAAAAUCAUCGUGUGUAAAAUUGUUCUUUUAGAGAUUUUAUCCAUCGUCCAAACUAUAACGUAAGAAAAUUAUUUUAUAAUUUAGAACCAUUGAGAAGGAUUUCACAGAUUAAAACCUAUAUCACAUUCGGCACUGUCGAAUGUCUGAGGCAUAUAACCUUUAUAUCUCUGUAUCAAGUUUACCUCGUACAAUGGACAGAGCUCGGCAUAAUAUUGACAGAACGAAUAAAAUAUUAACAAAAACAUUUAGAAAAUUAUUUGAGCAAAGACGCAUUAUCUGAUGAAGCAAUAUUCUACAUGCCAGGUAAAAGUAAAGUAAAGUAAAGUUUGU